UGCAAAAAGCUGCUGUUGCCACACACAGUGAUUCAUCCGUUGGCCCGAUGGAGCCAAUCAAAAUCGCGCAAUCUUCUAUUAAUCGGUAAUGACGAUGUGACGUCGAUAUUCGCGCGAAAAUCGGGGUGGGUGGGUCCUUGUGUUUUUUCCUGUGUGCUUGCUCCACACAUCCACGCUUUUUCUACGACAAUCCAAUGUUCUCUUCUACAUUGAGACAAUCGUUGGCUACAGCUGCUGCCAGUGCUGUCGUAGUGGCUUCCGUUUCCCGGUCUCCCGUCUACGCCGACGAACGUAAACCCGCCAAACUCAGCAUUUAUGACGAUCCUGAGCCUGAAGUGGUCCUCAUCGAAGCACCUACCAAAUUGGAAGAACACUUUGCUGUUGCCCAAAAAUAUGCUGACGAAACCGUUGCCGAGGGAAAGUCUCACUUGAACAACAUUCAGCAACGAUGGAACCAGUUCGAGAACGAUGUGGACGCUGUCGUGGAUCAGACUAUCGCAAAAGAUGAAGAACUCUGGCCCAACGUCCUCUUUGUCGGUGUCGCUGGAUUGGCUGGUACCAUUAUUGCCCGUAGACGCAAUUUCGUGUUGCGUUUCCUCACUUCUGCUGCUUUGGCUGCCGGCACUUCGUACUACUUGUUCCCCAAGACCACUCACAACGUGUGUUUUCAAUUGGAAAAGCUCGAAAGCAAAUACCCUCCUCUGCAGUCGGCUCAUAAAUCAGUCAAAGACACCGUGUGCGAUCUCCGUCAGCAGGUUGAUGCAACGGUCGCUCAAUUGAAAGGCACCGUCCAACAAAACACAGACAAGCUUCGCGAACAGAUCCAACAAAACGCCGAUGCCCUCAAGAACCAGGCUGCCGGUUUUGAACGAGAGGUGAAGCAGCAAGUCAGUGUAAAGAAGGAGGAAGCAGUGGAAAAGAAGGAAGAAGUCAAAGACAAUUUUGACAACAUCAAGAAAAACGUAGAAAGCAUGUAUUCCACGCGAUCCAACCCUGGUGUCGAAGAGACAUUAAAGAAGAACUAGAAUCAUUUUUUUUUCUUUCCUUUGUAAUAAAAGCAAAAAGCAACAGCAU